AUGACUACCAGAGUUGCCAGUCACGCCGGAUCAUGGUACUCAUCCAGAGGUACUACGCUGUCGAACGAGCUUGAUAAGUGGCUUGCACAAGUCUCGGCUUCGAUCGGCGGAACACAGCUGCCAGUCCCAGGCGCAAGAAUCAUCAUUGCGCCACAUGCAGGCUAUUCAUAUUCCGGUCCUGCCGCAGCUUGGGCAUACAAGUCUCUUGAUCUCUCAAAUGCCAAACGCAUCUUCCUCCUUGGUCCUUCCCACGCUCUCUACCUUCCGGGAUGUGCAACAUCGAAGCAUGGGAAAUAUGCCACGCCUCUUGGAGAUCUGAUCAUUGAUACUGUGACUGUGAAAGAGCUGCAAGAUACUGGGAAGUUUGACAAGAUGAGCACGAAUGCGGAUGAGACGGAGCACAGCCUGGAGAUGCACCUUCCAUACAUCUACAAGAUGCUCUCGCAGUCCUUCAAAUCAGCUGCCGAAUAUCCCCCUCUCGUUCCAAUUCUGGUUGGAAACACAAAUGCGGAUGCUGAGAAGUCGUAUGGAAAGAUUCUUGCACCAUAUCUUGCAGACCCAACAUCAGUCUUUGUCGUCUCGUCAGAUUUCUGUCACUGGGGUCUACGCUUCCAAUACACUUACUACCUUCCAGCUUCGCCCUCAUCGGCAGCUGUAAGCUCAGACGGCGGAUAUUCGCUGAAGAAAAGAGACAAGGAUCCUACAAAUCCACCCAUCCACGAGAGUAUUGGACGUCUUGACAAGCUUGCCAUGGACGCGAUCGAGACUGGCAAACAUGACGAAUUCUUGGGCAAUUUGAGAGAGACUGGCAACACUGUCUGUGGAAGACACCCAAUAGGUGUGAUGAUGGCUGCUAUAGAAGUGUUGGAGAAAGAGGGUAAGGUUGAAGGACAGGAAAAGGGCAAGUUCAAAUUCGUGAGAUAUGAGAGAAGCAGUGAGGUCGAAGAGAUCAGUGACUCCUUGGAUACGAUACUCGGCGACUCCGGUUUUGAGGCCAAAAACCCAGAUGGAUAUAUGAUGGCAAUUCCGCUCAAUUCCCUCCCCAGAAAGCCCGGCCGUGAAAUAUUCCGAGACCUGACUGCUUCACAUGUCCAUUGGCGCGGCUGGAAGACCUUCAGUGGACCUGGUCCAUGA